GAUCAGCGCGGGACGGGGGAGAUGAGCGCCCCACCGCGGUCGACAGACGAGCUAGCUCAUUAGCAUUACCGGAGUCACCGUGUGUAGUAUACAUAUGUACAUCAUUUUUGUAAACUCACAGUUGUGCCAAUAAACAGUUAUACAGUCCAUUGUUGUUCAUCAUUUGGCCCAAGCAGAAACAUAUUUUUGGUCCAAAACGAGCCGGAUGGGAUCUGGAACGAGCCAACUUUGAGUUCUGGACACUGGGUGCGUUCUGGAUGGAAGCAAGCAUUGACCAGUACGGCGAGCAGCCCAGCAGGAGCGAGAAUCUGCAGUUCGCGAUCUUCAGAAAUGGUGAAACUGACGAAGACAAAUAAUGUUAAAUUGCCAACGAUCCAGCUUCCUAAAUUCGGCGGUCGGUACGAGGACUGGCUUGAGUUUCGGGAUACAUUCGUUUCCCUAAUACACGAGAACCAAGGAAUAGUUGACAUACAAAAGUUUCACUAUUUGAGGGCUUCCCUGGAGGGAGGCGCUGCGCAGGUAAUAAGAUCGAUUGGGUUUUCAUCCUGUAAUUACAAAAUAGCGUGGGAUUUGUUGUGCGAUCGUUAUAAUAAUGAAAGGUUACUAAUUCAGAACCACGUACAAUCUAUGUUUGUUAUUGAACCCUUGAAGCGUGAAUCAGCGUUAGGUAUACGCUCAAUUAUUGAUAUAUUUUCAAAAAAUCUAAGAUCCUUACAUACAUUAGGUGAAAGUACAAUGCAUUGGGAUACAUUAAUUAUUUAUUUAAUGAAUUCCAAAUUAGAUCCUAAAACGUCUCGAGAUUGGGAAGAGCGUAAAUCUACUUUAAAUAAAAUAACAUUAAAUGAUUUUAUGAGUUUUUUAAAAAAUAAAGCUGACCUUCUUGAAACAAUACAUAUAAACAACAACAUAAACAAAUACAAAAAUAGGAAUGAUCAAAUUAAGGGAUUAUUAAACACAAAUAUAUACAUACCAAAAUGUCCUCUAUGUAAAAACACACAUAAGAUAUACAACUGUGAGACUUUUUUAAAUCAAUCUAUCAGUGAUAGGAUCGAAUCUGCCCGUAAGCUUAAGUUAUGUAAUAAUUGUUUACGGCCAGGUCAUCGUGUUCAUAAAUGCAAAUCGGGCUCUUGUACUAAAUGCUCACUAAAACACAAUACACUAUUACACAAAGAAAUAGGUUCCUCACAACAUGUUGAGCCGCCAGUCGACAAAGCCACCGCGCUCUCAGUCCAAAUGACAGAGCCAGUAUUGCUUUCGACUGCAGUGGUUUACAUUCUAGGUAGCGAUAAUCAACGUCACGAUGCAAGAGCUGUUCUCGACUCAGGGAGCCAAGCAUCCUUCAUGACUCAAAGAUUACUACAUAAGUUGAACCUACAUUGUCAAAAAACACAAAUAUCAGUAACAGGAAUAAAUAGUACCAUUACGCAAAUAUUCAAGAACAAUUAG